GCUAAUACCAUUUUGUUAAGGUUGUAAUUACCACCCUUAUCCCCCAAAAAACAAACAAUAAAAAUUUCCCACUAAGACAGCAUUUUGUAUUUCAAACUAUGCAGUCUAACCAAAAAAUGUCUCAGCCGUUUAAGCAGAGAAAGAGUCUGGCAUCCAGAAAAGAAGAAGUCAUUGGAAUAAAGGCAAAAUUUCCAACAAAAAUCCCGGUGAUUGUUGAAAGAUACCGCAGAGAAAAAUAUCUACCCCUUUUGGACAAAACAAAAUUUCUUGUUCCCAAGGACCUCUCUAUGAUGCAAUUUAUAAAUAUUAUUAGAAAUCGCAUGAACUUAUCUGCUACACAGGCAUUCUACCUACUUGUGAACAACAAGAGCCUUGCCAGUAUGUCUCUUACAAUGGCUGAACUUUAUAAGGACCAUAAGGAUGAAGACGGGUUCCUAUAUAUGACAUAUGCAUCUCAAGAAAUGUUUGGUUGAAUGCACAAAUGAAUUAGAAAAAUCUUUGGACUGAAAGGAUCUAGAUCCUAUAUGUAUGUGUAAAUUCUAGACCCUAGUAGUAUAUAUUACUUAAGUGCACACCUUAACAAUAUUGACCACUACCUUACCAUGAACUGGGACUUUGAAAUAUUUGACUAUAUUGUACAAUACUUUUUAUUGAAAUGGUUCACUUAGAAAUAACCUUUUUAUGUAAAUAUUUAUUGAGCAUCCUUUUAGAAAAGUCAAAAGAUGUUUUUGUAAAUUUAUGUAAUGUAUUUGUAAUAAAGGAAUCUAAAAUUUA